GACUCAGUUUUUCGCUGAGUGGACCUACUGGUUAUACUGUGCUAUUACUCAGAAUAGCUAUUUCAGGUUAACCAUUCACUCCCUGGAGCAUCCGUUGCUCCUUCUGUAAGAUUUCUCACAGGAUCCUGACUGUAUCGACUCGACCUCAGGGCGGAGCCAUAACAAAAGAAGAAGAAGAAAAAGGGAGCAGGUAUCAGUAAAGAAAAGAAGAAGUCUCGCAUUAAAUCGCGCCGAAAAUGUCGGCGAUGUUGACAGCCGAUUGGUUUCCUCUGGGACGGGACGUAUACUUUCGCAAAUUCGAGCUGUACCCGAUAUCCUUUCAGCACGAGGUUUCCAACAACAAUCUGUUGGUUGCGGCGCCGUAUGGGGGCUCCAUCGCUGUGACGAGAAACCCCAAGAAACUCGUCAAGGUCCAAGGAGCCAGUAAGCCUUUAAUAUUGCUAUACACGUCGUCAGGGAAAUUGACAGCCAGACUGCAAUGGAGCAGUGGUCAAUUGAUAUCGUUUGGCUGGUCUCAGCAAGAGGAAUUGCUGUGUGUGCAAGACGACGGCAUGGUUCUCAUAUAUGACAUGUUCGGAAUAUACCAGCAUACCUUUAGUAUGGGAAAUGCAGCUAAGGAUACUAAGGUUAUCGACGCAAAGUUUUUCACGACGUCUAACAGCACUGGGAUAGCCGUUUUGACUUCUGCCAAUCGUAUAUUUCUAGUGAACAACGUGUCUGAGCCUAAAGUCCGGCCAAUCACCGAUAUGCCAAGAUAUGGACCAAUCGAUUGCUGGUAUAUGGUACAUUGCGACAGGGAGACGCAAGUGAUUCUGUCAAAUAGAGAAGGAAUAUUUGUAAUUCAUCAGUCCCAUCAAAAUACUUUUCCAUAUAGCAACCUCUUCAGCAAUAAGAUCAAUACUGUGAUAGCAAUAGCUGUUGCCAGCAACAAUCGGCACAUUGCGCUUUACUCCGAUACUGGACACUUGUAUAUCGGUUCGAUAGACUUUCGAGAAAAAUAUUGCGAAUGCUAUACAAAUAUGAAGGAACCCCUGGCGAAUAUAGCUUGGUGCGGCACGGAGGCCGUGGUAUGCAGCUGGAACAGUACGAUAAUGGUGGUGGGUCGUACGGCUGAUACUAUAGUAUACAAUUAUGACGGCCCAGUGCACUUAGUUACAGAGAUCGAUGGGGUACGCGUACUGUCGAGCAGUUCUCAUGAAAUGAUACAGAAAGUGCCGAACGUCGUGCAAAGGAUAUUCCGAAUUAACUCGACGGAUCCUGCAUCCUACCUCCUGGAGGCCUCCAAGCAGUUUCAGAAAAAGAGUCACAAAGCCGACAGUUACAUAGAUUUAGUGAAAGACAAGCUAGACUCGGCGAUAAAAGCGUGCAUCGACGGUGCGAGUCACGAAUUCGAUUUCGAGACGCAAAAGAUUCUAAUGAGGGCCGCUAAGUUUGGAAAAGGAUUCAGCAAAAUGAUAGAUUCAGAAUAUUACGUGCAAAUGUGUAGGAUUUUAAGAGUCCUGAAUGCAGUGAGGCACCCUGCCGUGGGCAUUCCGUUAACUUAUACGCAAUUUAAUAUUCUCACGAAUCAAGUACUACUAGACCGGCUAGUAGCACGGAGGCAUUAUUAUUUAAGUAUACAAAUAGCGCGUCACCUGCAAUUACCCGAGAUUGACGGGGAAAGUAGAAUAUUAGCACACUGGGCUUGCUACAAGGUGAAACAAACGCAGUUAGAUAAAGAACAAAUAGCAGAGGAGAUCGCCGAUAAAUUAGGAUAUGCGCCUGGUGUUUCAUAUAGCGAAAUCGCGAAAAGAGCAGCGGAUUGUGGACGAAAGCAAUUGGCCAUUAAAUUAAUCGACUACGAACCACGAGCACACCAACAGGUACCGUUGCUGUUGACACUUGGCGAGGAGCGUGCCGCUCUGCACAAGGCUGUGGAAAGCGGCAAUACGGAUCUAGUCUAUACCGUCAUUCUUCAUCUCAGAGAGAACAUGACCCUCGGAGAUUUUCAAAUGUCUAUAAUGCAUUGUCCUCUCGCGAUGGCAUUGUAUAUUAAGUAUUGUCAGAGUCACAAUAGAGAGACAUUACGUGACAUUUACAAUCAGUACGACGACUUCCAUUCACAAGCGGUGUGGUUUAUCACCGAGAGUUAUCAACGGAAGAACACGAUGUCGAGAGACGCGUUGCUGCAGUCGGCUCAGGAAAACUUCAGAUUAGCCCGUAAUGACACUAAUGCGUCAUUAACAGAAGAACAGAUAAAACUGUUGAAGUAUCAGAGAUCUUUGGAGGACACGCUGCGCGAAUCGGUCGUGGGAAAACCUCUGCACGAUACCGUGAAAAUAUUAUUAUUGCGUAACGAGCUAAAAUUGGCGGAUAAGUUACGAUCGGAGUAUAAAAUACCAGAUCGGAGAUAUUGGUGGUUAAAAAUACAAUGCCUGGCGGAGCAAGGUUUAUGGAACGAUUUGGAAAAGUUCUCCAAAAGUAAAAAGUCUCCCAUUGGCUACGAGCCGUUUAUAGAUGAAUGCCUGAAGUACAAUGAAAAAUUAGAAGCGAGGAAAUACUUAGCCAAAGUUAAAGAUGAUCUCAAAGUGAAAUAUCUAGUGAAGUUAAAUUUGCUUAGUGAAGCGGCGCAAACAGCGUACGAGCAAAAAGACGCUUCGGCUCUCACAUUUGUGCUGGCACAAUGUGGGUCGUCAGACAGACAAUUUGUGGAUAAGAUCAACAUGUUACUAGCUAGUCUUAAAAAUUAAGAUUUUUUUUUAAUAUACAACUUUUAAUAUACAACUUAAAUAAAAAAUGUAACGUCUGAUAUAAUGAUCUUAAAAUAAUUUUACAGAUCAGUUAAUAUUCAAGACGUAAUCAUCAUAGAUCAAUAAAAUAUAAAAUAUA